GCAUGCUCGGGGGCAGAGGCGGGGAACGGAAGCAGGCUAGCGCGGACUGAGGCAGGCCUCGUCGGGUCAACGGACGUCGCCUUUGGACGGCUUCGCCUUUUGAGAAGCCUUUCCGAGCCGCAGGAAGGCGACAACGUGUCUGAUUCUUUUCCACCGGCAGAGACAGCUCGCGUGGGGUGUCUCUCGCCCUCUCUUCCUGUUUGAACCGAGGAGCCAUUUUGGUUUUCCCCAAGCGGACGGAGGCUGGUCCGGGCCUAGCGGAAACCCCCACCUUCUGGGAUGAAUGCUUUUGAAGAAGAAACACAUUUCAAACUCUGAAAGUAGCGCUUAAAGUACAGGAGAGGUGGUUGUUUAUUAAAUAUUUUUCCCCCUUGGGGGCUAGGGAGAGCCUCAAUACCAAUUUCAAGAUUAACUCCUACAGGAGCAUUUCUGUGUUUCCCAGCUCUUUAAGCAAGGAGCAGAUAUGGAGAAGAGUUUAGAGGGUUCAGGGAAGGUCCCUCGCAUCGUCCAGGUGAUGUGCUUCAAUGGGGUUCCAAGGCAGGUCACCCAACCGCCCAGUGUAACGUUGCCCCCGCAGUGGGAUACCCAGAUGCUAGAAUUCCUCAAGAAUUCUCAGACAGAAGGUGGAAACCCUCCGCUGACGGACGCCGUGCCCUGGGAUGACGCCAAAACUUUCCUGUCUGCCUUUGAGCAAGUCGCCGAAGUCUGCCAGUGGCCAAAAGAGGAAUGGGUGGGCCGGCUCUUGCCGGGGCUGCGGGGAGGAGUGGAGCAGUUCUUUUGUAGAAUGAGUCCCCAGGAUCGGCAAGAUUACCAGAAGGUGAAAGCCACCCUCCUGCGUGCAGACAACUUCAGAAUGGAGUUGAAGCGGCAGCAUUUUCGGCAGUGCACUUACCAAGAGCUAGAAGGACCUCGGCGGGUUUACAGCCAGCUCCAGGAGCUCUGCCGUCAGUGGCUGAAGCCGGAGAAACACUCUAAGGAGCAAAUUGUGGAGCUGAUCAUUCAGGAGCAACUCCUGGGCAUGCUACCAUUGGAAGUCCGACGCUUUGUGCAGGAUUGUGCUCCAGAAGACUGUGUUCAAACAGUAGCACUGGCAGAAACUUUCCUAUUGGCUCGUCAGCAGACAUCUCAGCCAUGGAACUGGCAGGCCCCUAUGCCAGGGAUGAGCACAAAUACCAUGAUGGCUGCAGCGUCGGGGAUGAGUACAAAUACCGUGGUGUCUGCAGCGUCUCAGCUUCAGCGCUGUGCAGAAGCCAGUCAGAAAGCCAACGGGGAAACUAAUUUAAUCGCUAAAACAAUGCCCCCAGCAAGAAGCUCUGAUGUUGUACCCCCUCCACAAGUCCAGGAGGGAACUGGAAUUGGGCUAAUGAAGGAGCCUGUGAAGGUGAAGGAAGAGCCAGAUUUCGAUUUGAGACCCACCUGUAGUGAAUUUGUUCGUGAUGUCACCAGUGUUGGCAGCUCUAGCACUGCUUCAGUCCUGACUCAAGAAGGCUUCUUUACUCCUGCGCUUCAGACCAUUCCGCAGCCUGUUCAGCAAGAACCCAUCUUUCCCCCAAAAUCUGACCAUGAGCAGCCGAUUCCCAACACUCCCUUGGGUAACAUAAUGCUGAGUGGGAUUAAAACAGAGGAUAAUCAGGAUUCAGGGUCAGAUACCGACGUCUCAUUUGAAUUCCCUCCAGAAGACAGUUCCUGGAGUGAUAUGGUCCAGAAUACUGAGAAGAACCAGGGUAGUUCUGAAACAAACCCACCUCCUCAGGUGCCACAGGAAGAAACAUCCUCUCAAAUUCAGCAGAAGAAUGGCCGCCGUUGCCCACCUGUGAAAAAGCACCUAUGCUCUGAAUGUGGGCAUGCAUGCUAUUACUUAUCUGACCUGCUGAAGCAUAUGAAGAAGCACUCGAAAGAGCUAUACAAGUGCUCUCAAUGUGGGAAGGGAUUCAAAGCGAAAGCAACUUUGACGGCUCAUGAGAAAACCCAUGCAGCACCGGACAACUCCAGCAGCACCAAUCUGGCAGAGGACCAAACUGAGGGUGGAUACAUAUGCUGCGAAUGUGGGAUCAGCAAGGCGACCGAGCUAGGUCUCACCGAACACAUGAAGGUCCACACAUACGAUAAGCACUUCCAGUGUGAAAUAUGUGGUGAGGUCUUCAAAUUGAAAGCCUCUCUCAUGAAGCACCAGAUGCUCCACAACAAUGUGAAGCGGAUAGUCACGCUUAAAGGUGGGAAUGACCCUCCUGUUCGGCAAGGAGUUAAAACCCUCAGGGUUGUGCUGACAAAACUUGGCUCUCGGACUGGGAAACUGCACAAGUGCAACGAGUGCGGGUAUGGUUUUGACAAGGCUACGCAGCUCACGAAUCACAUGAGAUCCCAUACAAGACAGAGACCCUACAAAUGCAAUGACUGUGGGAGAAGCUUCCGAUGGCUAUCAAGCCUUCAGCAGCACAGUGAAGUUAUAUGCCCCAAGAGGCAUCAAGUGACCCAAACAGUCGAGAAGCAGAUCAAAGAAGAAGUUUUCUUAAAUCGAGAUAUCAAAUUGGAAGAUGAGGAGUUAAUGGAUGAAGCUGCUGCAGCUGCUGCUAUAGAACCCAUGAGUCAUCAGGCGGGAAAGGCACCCUUCAUGGGACACCUGCAGCAGACCCCCAUGCCUCAGCAGCAGGCAGCUCCUGUCUCUGUUGCUGAAUGUGAUGUCACACUUACCGACGAAGAGGAGUUAAUCAACCUCCUCCAACAAGGAGGUUCUAAACUAUCCCAUCUGCCAGGAAAAGCCAAAACUGGACGACAUCCCAAAAACAUGGAGCUUCCAAAGACCAGCAGAUACGACAAACCCGAGAAAAAACACCAGUGUCCCGACUGUGACUAUCGGGCUUACUAUCUCUCCGAGUUGGAGAGACACCGGAAACGUCAUAAUUACAGUAAUCCCUACAGAUGCCAGACCUGUGGCAAAACUUUUGGGAAAAAGUCAGCCCUCAACAACCACUACAAAAAGGUUGCGUUGUGCCAGGAAAACUCUGCAAAAAGGAUCCCAGUAGGCCCAGGAGAUAAAAAACACACCUGUCCCAAGUGCGGACAUAAGACCUACAAAUUAUCAACCCUUCUCGUCCAUAUGAGAACCCACGGGGGCGAAAACCCAUACAGAUGCCAGCAGUGCGGGCAGACCUUCAGCUUCCACACAGAUCUUAUGAGGCACGAGACACUUUCACACAACUUGGAAAGCAGCUCCAGCAGCAGAAAACCAUAUUUCUUCAAACAUAUGACGAAACAUAUAGCAGACAACAUGAAACCGACAGAAGUGAAUGAAGAGAAUCUGCUGCUAAACAAUCCAAACAACACCCUGGUCAUCCAGCAGGAUGCUCCCGUCAUAGCGAUGAUCCGAGACCGAUGGCGUUAUGAGAAGCCAGAGCAGCAGCUACAGGACGACGACGACGACGACCCGGACCCGGUGGAAACAAGCGAAGAGGUCACUGUAGAAGCCAAGGAGGAUGUUGCCGAGAAGAAAGCGGCCUUCCGGGCCAUUCUGGGGAAGUUUGCCUAUUGCAAAACCACGGAGUCAGAUCAGACGGAGCCUUCGACCAAUGAGGCGGCCCCGGCAGAAGCGAAACCGUCCUACAAAUGUCUCACAUGCGGCCAAACCUUCGAGAUGAAAAUCGACCUCACUCUCCACGAGAAUACCCACGUGUUGCCCAAGCCCGUUGAGAGCAGAGAACGCCAGCCGGAUUUUUCUUUAUGGAGCAAAAACUUGCUGAAGUAUCAUCUGGGCCAGACGAGGCCAAAGCCGCACCCUUGCUGCGAUUGUGGGAAGGAGUUCUACUGCAGAGACAACUUGGUAAUCCACCUCAAAACGCACGGCUUCGAGAACAUCUAUGAGUGCGGCGAGUGUGAUGAGGUUUUUGUUCAGCAGGAGGAGCUGGUGAGGCAUAAGAGGUGUCACGGAGAGCAGGAGCCCUAAAUAGGCAAGGAGAGACGAAAGGAAAAAGAAAAAGAGGAUCAGGCAGAACCUUUGGGGCAGCUUCUUUGUGGUGCACAGCUAACCUUUUCGUGUCCUUUUCAUUUACACACAAUCCCUGAUGCAUUUUGAGUACAGGCCCACUUCCAUACCCUUCGAUACACUUCUGUGCUAUUUGUAUAUUUAUUCCAAGCGAUACCCAGGACUUCGGGGCUGCUGCCAUCUCCUCACUACUGAACCAAGGGGCACCCAAUUUCUGCACUACAUGGCAUUGCCUCUUGAACCAGAGUCUAAAUUGCCAGCCAAGGGUUGCUGAUGGUUCCUCCCUAUACCUCAUGGGGGGCUUCGGUUUUUGUGGUUCCACCUCAAAGCCCUCUUUGAAAGCAGAAGAACAAAGCAAGCUUCAGGGAGAGGGACCAUUUGGUGACUGUACCAACCCCCUAUUUAACUAGUAAAUAUUGUGUUUUGUUAUACUUUUUAGCUGUCGGAAUGUCCCCAAACAUUCUUUAGCUCUUCGACAUCACCCUCAUGCUAUGGAAGUGAUUGUUUAUUUUAACUGAGAUAUACCAGGCAACAGUUACUGAGGUUUUAAAGACAGUUUAUUAUAUAUAUUUUUCCUCCCUGCCCCUUUUUUCCAUCUUGUGGGGAAAGCUUCUUUCUCUACUUCUUUGGUUUUGACUUGGGUUUAUUUUAUGUUUCACAGUGAACAUAGGGCUUCUGGUAAUGGUUGGAUAUUGUUGUUUUUAAUAAUUGCAUUUUUAUAGGUUUGGAUCAUAAGAACAUUUAAUGUUUUAUGAAUCGGACUAAACGUUUACAUCAGUGUCCUCUUUCACACAGCUUUGGGUAACCACAAAAGUAAGAUUUAAAGAAACCAUCAAACAAUAUUUAAGUUAUACUCCAUUGGAAUACAGAGGUUCGGUUUCACUUAACAGCUCUUUGUCCUUUGAUAACUGGUUUCUUAAACAUUCAGGUGUGGCAGGUAUCUUAAGUGGUAGGAAAGCUUUUGUUUAACUUGUGCAGAACUUGGAAAAUUGCUCUUUUGGGGAUUAUGAGCUUCGGGGUUUCCCAUCCAGCAUUACUCUACUAGUCAUGCUGGCUCAGGUGUUUUGGGAUAUGUAGUCCAACCUCAACCCCCAGUUCUGCUUUUAUGUCAUGAUACUGUUGAAUGCAUGAGUGCGGGGCCCAGAGUUAAGGUAGUGGUCUUAAAGUGCAAACCCUUGUAUAGGUCUGUUGAAAAUUUAAGUUCCCCUGAGUUGAGCAGGACUUUGUUCAAAGUAUGUUGUAGCAAUAUAAAUACCUAUAUUCCUAAAGGGAAGGGGUGGGAUGGGGAAAGAAGGUUGUAUGUCUGUUUUACAGCAAAAAAUUAAAAGAAUGAAAUUACUUUAGAGCUCCCAGGUUAUGUUGCUUGUACAAAUUGUGAUGGGGUUGAAUAAAUUUGUUGAUAUAAUUCUCGCUAAUAAAGGUUUUUACAACUUUGA